AUGGCGUCCAGCAAUGGGGACUCGGAUAUCCGCCCGGACCGCAUCCAAGCUCGCGAGGACCAAUUCCGUCGCAACAUACGAGCCAGGCGGCAGUCUCCCGUCGCAAAGAAGAGAGUUGACCUGACCGAACUGGGCUGUAUGGGUGCCCAUCUUGAUCUGUCUAAACAUGAGCCUUGGCCUGAUAUGCUCGAGCUCACCGAAAACGAAGCGACGCACAUCGGCCCUGUUUCCGCACCGAUAUCCUUAGAUACCGACCUUCAUGCACAAGCCGGUGUAGUUAACAGCGCUGCAGAUGAAUCUCCCGCAUCUCGCGCAUGUACUCCGACAGGCUGUGGCACAUAUCUUCCGCCACAUGAGUACAAGGAGUUUCAACGCCAGAAAUCGGCCAACAAUCGACGUCGAACAUCUGUAUCAACCACUGUUGAGCCCGAAACACAGGAAGAGCAUAACCCGAACGAGCGUCCCGAACCGCACGAUUCGUACUCCGUCUGUUAUACACCAUCACAUUGUUCUCGGGCCUUGACGGAGAGGGAUGAUCGCAGUGUAAAGAGCGCGGCACCAAACUCUCCCGAACCUUGGUCGCAACUCGAUCGAACUAUCGGGAAGAACAGAGGAGGCGACUGA